ACGAAUCGACGCAUCUCGUCCUCUCUUCCAACGAUCCCUUUGUCUCGCGUCUUCAUCUUGUUCUUGCGAGAUUGGAGAUGGAGAAGCUCCGGUUGGAUCUGAUGAAGGAAGCAGAAGCCGUCUGCACUGAGGACGACGAACUGUACGAGGAGAUCGAGGCCCCCAAGUUCGUCGAUUUCACCGUCCCCGACCGAUUCCGCCCGGACGACCGCUCCUGGUUCUGCGCCCGCGUCGGUUGUGAUCAGACUCACGAGGAAGUUGAUCCUGAAGCUCUGUACAGAACCUUUCUGCUUCGGGUCAUGGCGGCAAGAAGCCCCAAUGUGCGACAUCGAAAAGCAUUAGGUCGACCAGCUUCAAGUUUAAUCCCGAGAUGUCCUCAAUCUGCUCCCGCAAAGUCCUCCAAGAGUAGGAUUGCGAGAUUGAGCACUAUGAUUGCAGUCCCAGAAAGCACGGCAAAGUCAAAACUGAAGGACCAUCCAAUCUCGAGCUUGAGAUCAACCCCAAGCCGAGACAAGGCAAAACCGCAGCAUUGCCCGAUGAAGGAGGCAUUAACAGAGCCAAGAAGGCAAAGGUGUCUCACCAACCGAGAGGGAUUUCGGAGCGUGAGGCAUCAAAAGGAACCAGUUCCUGUGGUGAAGAAUAAGGCCGUGGUGAGGUCUCUAUUUGACGAUACAACCAAGGAAAGGCCUCUGAGGACGACUACUCCAUCCAAGUCCACUGCUCCCCCUGUAUCAGAGGAUCGUCCCGAGACGAGAAAGCUUAAAGUAGGCAGUCGUAUGAAGAACGUGCCCAGCAGGUAUCUCUGCAUACCGAAAACUCCAAUGAGUUCUAAGAGAGCUGAAGAUUCUGCAAAGAGUUUGAAUAGAGCUAAAGAAACUAAAGUUAGUACAAAGUUGAAAACCGAGCCCUCUUCGAAGAUAUGUGAUCCGUCAGAGCGUCAAGAAAUCAGCCGUGACGGCUCAAAUGACAUGGAAACUGAUGGAAAAUUGAGCAACCUCAGUGUCGCAGCUACUAAUGUUGAAGAGCCUCUUCCAUCUCUGGUUGCGGGAUUAGAGUCUCUGCAAUUAGCUAAAGCGGACUCCACAAACUUGCAUAGCUCAACAAUGGAGAAUUGCGAGAAAGUUACAGAGAAUGAGGUUCCUCUGCCUCAUGCUUCCAGCAAAAGAUCAGCUAGCGAGGCAGGAAAUGAAGAAAAUUCUACUGAGUUGGAUGAUAAUAAGGAAAAUGCUUCAGACACCAACAAAGGAAGGUAUUGGCAAAUCUAUUUGAUUUAUUUACCUUUCGAUGCUACUCUUUUUACUGGAAAGAUUUUACUUGUACUUUUACUGGCAAACGAUGAUAGAGUUCUGAAUUCAAAUGCCAAAAGGGAUGCGAGCGAGGACUUUAAGUCUGCAGCUAGUGAGAAUGUUCCCCCAAAGGUACUUCGACCUCAAAUCAACUCCUCUGAUAGAGUAGGAAAGCAUAAGAGAACGACAAACCCGAAGCCUUUUAGACUUAGAAUUGAUGAAAGGGGAAUUCUUAAGGAAGCAAAUCAGGAGAGAAGGCUUCGGAUUGAAGCUCAAGCUCAGAAGCAAGCUGAAUCGACUCUCAGAACGAAGGCAUUAGUUGGCAAAGAGAAAAUAGCCGAAAAACCUCAGAGCAGGCUUCUCAAGAUGGCAUCAUCGAGGCAAACACUCGAGGAUGGAAGUGUGACAGCACUGAGGAAAGCACCAGUUUCACAAACAGGAAGAGAAAACUGCAAGACCACAAGUCCUGCAGUCACGACGUUGAAGGCGAAAAGGCCAGCAGCAACAGUUGCAAGAGAGCCAAACUUCCACAGGAUCCAUCUACCAAAGGGUUGCUCCAAAAGGGUAGAGGUACAGCAGAGCUGAUGAACUCGGUUCCACCUUCAUUCCUUUAUUGAAUGAAUUCUUCAUCUGUGCCUAAAGCUCCCAGCAUGUUUCGUUCAAUUGUUCCAUUGAAUUCUUUAGUGUGUAAAAUGUGAAAGGUCCACCGGAAUUUCCAUUUCUUUUUUGUUUCAAGCAUCCAUCCAAAUAGGACCCAAAUCUAAUUUGACAUGAAA